GUUUACAAAUGUCAUUAAUGGUCGCGGUCUUUCAGCGUGCUAUCACAACCCAUUCAAUUUUUGUUUCGUCCCAUUACUGACUACUUUAGGAGUCCAGACCCUUUGGUGGCGAUCGGUACAAGACGUUUUGUCAGAGGUAUCGUUCAAAUAUCUCCGAUGGAUCUUCAAGGAAGGAUUCUAGUGUACUCGAUCCUCGGUUGUCCUCACUGCAUGCGUGCGAAAAGUACUCUACAAGAACUGAAUUUGCCAUACACGGAUGUUCGGUUGGAUAUUUAUCCCAAGUCUGUUCGCGAAUAUGUACAACAGAGAACAGGGAGAUCGACAGUUCCGCAGAUUUUCUUUAAUGCCACGCACAUCGGAGGCAAUGACGAUUUACAGAAAUUGGUUCAGGAUAAAGCAAAACUGGACUCCUUGAUAGAGGAGGUGAGAAACACACUCCCUCCUCCCGAUGCCCCUAUACCUCCAGACCCUAGUACAGCACUAGAAUCUUUAGAUCCAGGCAAUUUUACAUGUGAGCAAGAUGAAUAUGCCAAGCUUGUUGUGGAACUGAAGGCAAGUGGUAUUAUAAAAGACCAUAGACAGGGCCUCAGAGUUCACAAAAACACAUUUUGUGGCAAGGAAUUUGUUGACUGGGUUUUCAAGACCAAAGGACUAGAUAGAGAGCGAGCAGUAGAGAUGGGACAACAGCUGAUAGAUCGCCAUUUUGGCUAUAAUGUGAAAACUGAUGAGAUAUUUCGUGAUGAUCAAACUUAUUAUCGUUUGAUGGAAGAUGAUGAAACUUCAGCACUUAAUAGUGGUUCAGUUUCUGAAUGUGAACCCCAGCCAGCUGGCAGGGUUGGAGAGGAACUGCGUAAAAUGAUUUUAAAGCUCUACAAUGCCUUCCUCUCAAAGGAUGGAAAAAAAGUGGAUUACAAAGGAAUCGGAGGCAGCACGGAAUUCCAGACUUAUAUAAAACUGACCAAAGAACUCCAGAGAGUGAAGAUUGCUGACACUAGCAAGGAAGAGAAGCUUGCAUUUUUCAUCAAUGUCUAUAAUGCACUUGUUAUACAUGCAAACAUUGUCCUGGGGCCGCCAGUCAACCUCUGGCAGCGAUACAAGUUUUUUAACACUGUAAAGUACAUUAUUGGUGGCCAAGAAUAUUCCCUUCAAGACAUUGAAAAUGGUGUGCUGAGAGGUAACAAGAAAGGAGUUGGCAUGAUAAUGCGUCCAUUUGGCAAGUCUGAUCCACGCCUGAAAGUGGCACUUGAGGAACAUGAACCACUCAUUCACUUUGGGUUGGUUUGUGGUGCCAAGAGUUGUCCUCCAAUCAAAACAUAUACUGCAGAGGAAGUUUAUGACCAGUUACGACUGGCAGCCGAGGCAUUUCUUGAUAGCUCUGAUGGUUGUGAGGUGGAUAUGACAAAGAAGACUGUGUAUUUAUCUAUGAUCCUUAAAUGGUACCAAGAAGACUUUGGCAAGAACACCGAUGAGGUAGUCCAGUGGGUCCAUGAGCAUAUGCAUGAAGGAGAAAAGAGAAAUCAGCUAGGAGAACUGAUACGAGGAAAAAAGUUUAAAGUGUCACAUAUGAAAUAUGACUGGUCCCUUAAUUCAUAAGGACAAAGACAUGGGAACAAUAAUCAAAUUAUAUGUGUAAAUUUAAAUAAAAGUGCUGUUUUUAUUAUUAGUGCUUACCAGGAAAUAAGAGUUAGUUUACUUAUGGGCACAACAUUUCUGUAUUUAGAAAGUUGGUCGCAUUAUGCCAGUUGAUAUUUCUACUUUUAAAGUACAAGCUGGUAUUAAUAUUUUCAUAUUGUAUAGGGGAAAAUCUGACUAGUCAAAAACUAGAAAAGUGAAAUUGGCUUAUCAGAAGAGUGGGGAGGACAGAAAUGCAUUCAUUUCAGUUCAUAUUUUGUAUGCUUGAGUUAACCGACUGUGAGAGUGUUAGAGACCAUUUUUCCUGUUGCAUCUUUUUGCAAGGGUGAGGCCAAUCUCCCCUUCCUAAUUGCUUAAACUUCAACGCUCUAUUGAUUCCGGUAUCUAUUCCCAGCAGUUGGGUUGACUGGGGGAAGGUUUUUUGUGCCACAUGAAUAUCAUUCAAACUAGCACACCUCUGGGCUUGAAGACAUAUUCUUCCCCCUUUGCUUGAUCGCAAGUUUUAUCUGUGGGUGUAUGAGGGAGCUAUCUAUUAUAUAAUUACAGUAACUAAUCCAUGUAUAUUUUACAGAUCUAUAUAUUACUACUAUUUAUUCUUAUACAAAUGAAUGUGAUAAUCUCAUUUGCAUGCAAAUUUAAUGCAAAAAAAACUUCGUUUGUACAUUUUUGUCUGCAUUUUUAUGAUUUACAAAGUUUGGUAUAUUAAUUAUAAACAAUGAAACAGUUUGCAGAGCUAUGUUAAAACUUUAUGUCUGCCAUUGCCCAUAGAGCUCCUGUCACAGGAGGAUAAUUAACAUGCAG